AUGAUGCGCCAGGAGCAGGAGGCCUCCACCUGCACGCUCUCCGGCACCUACAAGGCCGGCACCGACAUCUCGUCCUGCAGCACGCUCACCAUCGGCACGCUCAGCGUGCCCGCCGGCGUCACGCUCGACCUGAGCAAGGCCAAGACGGGCGCCAACAUCAAGAUCUCCGGCACCGUCACGUUCGGCCAGAAGAACCUCACGGUCAGCGGCGCGGGCACGCUCGACGGCCAGGGCGCCUGGUACUGGAAGCAGGGCACGUCCAUCAGCCGCCCCGUCUUCUUCCGCCUCAACAACGUAAUCUCGUCCACGCUCUCGGGCUUCAAGAUCAAGAACUCGCCCUACCGCACCUUCAGCGUCCUCAACUCGCAGAAGACCACCAUCAGCGGCCUCACGCUCGACUCGAGCGCGGGCGACGGCACGGCCAAGAACACGGACGGCUUCGACCUGAGCAAGAACAACUACGUCACCAUCACGGGCAACAAGAUCUACAACCAGGACGACUGCCUCGCCAUGCAGUCCAGCACCAACACGGUCUUCAGCAACAACUACUGCAGCGGCGGCCACGGUAUCUCCAUCGGAUCGCUCGGCGGAUCCACCGUCAGCUCGGCCGACACGGUCUCGGGCCUCACGGUCAAGGGCAACACCAUCGUCAACAGCGUCAACGGCAUCCGCAUCAAGACCAUCGUCGACCUCAAGGGCCUCGUCUCGGACGUCACCUACACCGACAACAAGCUCAGCAACGUCAAGAACGCCAUCGUCAUCCACUCGGACUACAGCAAGUCCAAGGGCGGCUACACCGGCAAGGCCACGAGCGCCGUCACCAUCAAGGGCGUCACCAUAUCGGGCCUCUCGGGCACGGCCACCAACCUCUACGACAUCGUGGCCAACUCCAAGGUCGUGUCCAACUGGAAGUUCUCGGGCGUCACGGUCAAGGCGAGCAAGACGGGCACCUGCAGCGGCCAGCCCAGCACCGUCAAGUGCUAA